UGGUUUCCCUCUAAAAUGUAUAAAUUCACGACACAAACCCAAACCCCAAAUAGCCAAACAGAAAACAGAGGACGGAUAAUCUCAAAUAUGAAUAGAAAUCAUAAGGCAAGAGCCGUUCUUCUUACUGCUAUCGAAGUGUUCAUGAUUCUUCUAUGUGCUGGUUGGGUUUCUCUGUGGCUAUUGAAACCCACAGAUCUCUGGACAAGAAAAUGGCGUGUUGCUGAAAACACUGCCCGAGCAUCUGUAUUUGGAUACUAUGGUCUCAACUUUGUCGUGUAUACUUUUCCUGUUGUUGCUCUGGUUAUAAUCGGACUGGUUUAUUUGAAUAUCAAACACUCCAAGCCACAAACUUGCAGGCAAACGAAGUUUUCAACCUUUUCCAAUACUCUUUCGAACCCACUUGUUGUGAACAGCUAUGUGGGUAUUUUAUCUGGAAUUGAGCUUCUGGGUGUUGCUUUGUUUCUCCUCUUCCUGGCUUGGACGUUCUAUGCUCGAAUAUCCAAAGAUUUCAGAAAGUUGAUGCCCGAAGAAUCACUCAACUUGAAGAUAUGGGAACUCAAGUAUUUAAGAGUAGCCACCAGGUUUGGUUUGCUAGCAGAGGCCUGUUUGGGGCUGCUUCUUCUGCCUGUCUUGAGAGGGUUGGCUCCAUUUCGGCUAAUUGGCAUUCAGUUUGAAGCUUCAGUGAAGUAUCACGUCUGGCUUGGCACUGCAAUGGUGUUGUUUGGCACCUUCCAUGGCGCCAGCACCUUGUUCAUCUGGGGGAUCAGCAACCAGAUUCAGGAUCAGGUGUGGAAAUGGCAGAACACCGGCCGGAUUUACAUCGCCGGGGAGAUUACUUUGAUUACAGGAUUGGUGAUUUGGAUCACUUCCCUGCCUCAGAUAAGGAGAAUCAAAUUUGAGAUCUUCUACUACACACACCAUUUAUACAUUGUCUUUUUUGUGUUCUUCUUGUUUCAUGCUGGAGAUAGACACUUUUACAUGGUAUUUCCUGGACUGUUUCUCUUCGCCAUUGAUAAGAUCCUCCGAAUUAUUCAGUCUAGAACCGAAACGUGUGUCGUCUCGGCUCGAGUCCUCCCCUGCAAAGCUGUGGAACUAACUCUGCCAAAAGACCACAGGCUGAAGUAUAAACCAACUAGCGUUGUGUAUGUGAAGAUACCAAGGAUUUCCAGAUUUGAGUGGCAUGCUUUCAGCUUGAUUUCCAGCUCGAGUGUUGAUGAUGAAACAAUGUCGAUCGUCGUUAAAUGUAAUAAGUCAUGGACGAAGUCUUUGUAUGAGAUAAUCAACACCGAACGAGAGGGAGAGUCGGAUCAGUUGAAGUGCAUUUCCGUUGCAGUCGAGGGCCCUUAUGGACCUGCCUCCUUGGACUUCCUAAGAUAUGAUCACUUGAUUCUGAUUGCUGGAGGAAUUGGAGUAACCCCACUUUUGAGCAUUUUACAGGAGAUCACUUCUAUGAAGAACAACACUAAAUUCAUCUGCCCUGCAAGAAUCCAGCUUAUACAUGUCAUGAAAAAGUCCCACGAGAUUGCGCUACUCAGCUCGAUCUUACCUUUACUACUGAAACGCUUGGAUGGAAAAAUGCAUUUGCAGCUCAAAGUAUUCGUGACACAAGAACUGCAAUCCAGUUCAACUCUAACCGAACUGCUAAACAAGUUCUCUCAAAUGCAGACGAUACAAUCGAGCGUGAACUGUUCAAGCUAUGCAGCACAUGGGCUUGAAAGCUUAGGCUGGAUGGCUGUAAUUACUGGACUGAUAUCAAUCGUGUUCUUUGUCGCCCUUAUCGUCUUCAACCAUAUCGUCGUUCCAACCAAGAAAGCCUCCAAAAAGACAAAAGACAGAACCCCAUCUUGGAUCUCGGAUCUUCUUCUGAUGUCUUCCUUCGCUUUAGCUAUCUUAUCCGGGGCGGUCGUCGGGAUUGUUUUACGACGGAGAAGACUGAAGAAAGGAAAUCUAGCACUCAUCCAAAGCCAAAACCAAACCAAGAACACAACUCCAAGUUCAGUAGCAAGAGGAAGUAGACAAGAAGAACAUGAAAUAUAUUUUGGAGAAAGGCCUAACUUCAUAGAGAUAUUCUCCAACAUCAACAACCCGGCAGGCGAAUCGGACAUCGGCGUGAUCAGCAGUGGACCAGAGGCAAUGAACUUGUCAGUAGCCAAAGCUUGUAAGCAAAUGUCUGGAGGUUCAAGGAAAGGCUCAAAGAAGAACAAACAGCAAUUCAGUUUCCAUUCCCUCAACUUCACUCUCUGAUGUUGCUGACAGUGAAAUUUGAAGCUAAAUUUUACUGCCAUCUCUGUAAUUCAGGCCUUUCUUUACACAGAUUCACUAACUUUCCAUUACACUAUCUAUUAAAAC